AUGAUCCAUCCAAAAAUCUCUUCACCUUCCUAUGCUACACUACGAAAAAAACGACGAACUAGUAGUGGAAAAACAUUAAUUGGAUCGGCCAAAUCAGUACGACAAUAUGAGAAAACAAUUUCAACAGAACCAGAAGAACCAGCUCCUGUACGUUAUGCAGAUUUGUACAAACAAGAAAAAGCUCGAAUGGAAAUGGGUUAUAUAUUUAAAAAGAAAAAAUCAUAUUUAAUUGCACCUGAUAGUAAUUCAUUAUAUGAUUAUUUUUAUAUAACAAUAAAAAAUUUUCUAUUGUGUUUAGCUUUAAUACCUAAUUCAAUUUUUCGUUCAGUAUUCAAAACAAAACAAAUAAAACCAGUUGAAGCAACAGCAUUUCAAUUAAGAUUGAAUAAAGAUUAUAAAAAUCCCAAUAAUCAAGAUGAUGAUGAAUGGAUGGAUAUGGCAGAUCCUGAUGAUACAUCAAAACCAGCUAGUGCAAAAAAAUCAAAAGGAACACUUGCAUCAAGUAAAAAAGUAAGCAUUAUCGAAUAA